CCAGCUGAAGUCAGCAGGGCUUGCAAGGCUCUGUGGGGUGCAUUUUUAGAAUGGCGCUAACCCUUGCUGCCCCUGCCAAGUCAGACACCCGGACGCUGCUUUGGCUCGCGACGAACUUUCCCCUGGCCUGAAGGGGCAAAUCCCCAUCCCGCAGACGUGCAGCAGGGGCAAGACACACACUGGGGGCCUCCCCCAGCCGCCUCUACAGUGCCGGGCGCGCGCCCCCGCCCUCACACGCAGGAGCGGGCGGGCUCGCGCCUUCUCUCGCCCUCUCUCCCCCGCGCACAUCAGGCAGCUCCGCCGCUGCCGGGUGAAUGGGAGCUGCAGGCUGGAGAGCGCGAGCGAAAGUCCCAGAGAUGCAGCACCAAGUCUGGCCCUGCUAGCUUCCCCUGCCAGGCAUUAAGCCCCGUUCCCCCACCCCCUCCUUCUUCUUCUCCUCCUCCUCCUCCUCCGCGACUGGAAAGCGUUUAAAAGGCGAGGCUGGAGAAUCACAAGCCAUUCCCCCAGUGAGGCGAGGUGCAGCUGCCUGGGGACAGAGAGCCACAGAGAGAAGGGGAACAGGACGAUUUGGAAAUGCUAAUUCUAGGGCGCUUGCUUGCUUGCAUCCAGCUGCUCUGCGUCCUCCGAGCGGAUUUGGUUUAUGGAUACUAUAGACAGCAGAGAAAAAUGAUUGAAGAGAUUGACUGGUCCUAUACAGGAACUUUGAACCAAAAGAACUGGGGGAAGAAGUAUCCAGCAUGUAAUGGUGCCAAACAAUCUCCUAUUAAUAUUGAUGAAGAUCUUACGCAAGUAAAUGUAAAUCUCAAAAAACUUAAAUUCCAAGGUUGGGAAAAGGAAACUUCAGAAGACGCUUUCAUUCACAAUACUGGCAAAACAGUGGAAAUUAACCUGACAAAUGAUUAUUAUGUCAGUGGAGGUGGCUCAGAAACAGUAUUUAAAGCAAGCAAGAUAACUUUUCACUGGGGAAAAUGCAAUAUAUCAUCAGAUGGAUCGGAACAUAGUUUAGAAGGACAAAAAUUUCCUCUUGAGAUGCAAAUCUACUGCUAUGAUGCAGAUCAGUUUACAAAUUUUGAGGAGGCAAUUAAAGGAAAUGGGAAGUUAAGAGCUUUAUCAAUUUUAUUUGAGGUUAGCCUGGAAGAUAAUAUGGAUUAUAAUGCAAUUAUCAAAGGAGUAGAUAGUGUUAGCCGGUUUGGAAAACAGGCUGCAUUAGAGCCAUUUAUUUUGCUGAACCUUUUGCCGAACUCAACAGACAAAUAUUACACUUAUAAUGGAUCUUUGUCGACACCUCCCUGCUCAGAGACAGUCGAAUGGAUUGUGUUUAAAGAUCCCAUUAACAUUUCUGAAAACCAGUUGGCUGUAUUUUGUGAAGUCCUUACAAUGCAGCAGUCUGGCUAUGUCAUGCUGAUGGAUUACCUGCAAAACAACUUUAGAGAACAGCAAUAUAAAUUCUUUGGACAGGUGUUUUCCUCAUACACUGGCCAAGAAGAAAUUCAUGAAGCAGUUUGCAGCUCAGAACCGGAAAACGUCCAAGCCGAUCCAAAGAACUAUACCAGCCUUCUUGUUACAUGGGAAAGACCUCGAGUUGUUUAUGAUGCCAUGAUUGAGAGAUUUGCUGUCUUUUAUCAGCAAUUGGAUGGAGAAGACCAGACUAAACAUGAGUUUCUGACAGAUGGGUAUCAGGACUUGGGAGCUAUUCUAAAUAAUCUGCUGUCCAAUACAAGUUAUGUUCUUCAGAUAGUUGCGGUUUGCACUAAUGGUCUAUAUGGAAAAUACAGUGAUCAAGUCAUUGUUGAUAUGCCUUUAGAUGAUCCAGAAAUUGACCUCUUUCCUGAACUGAAUGAAACUGAAGAAUAUGAGGAGGAAGUUGAAGAGAAAGAGGUGGAUGAAGAAAUUGCAGUGAUUCCUAGCACUGAUAGUACUCUAAAUAAAAUAAGGAAAAAAGAAUUCCAGGUGACUACGUCUAGCUAUAGUCAAGAGAAAAUGGGGACAAAAUUCAAUGAAGCUAAAACAAACAGAUACUUAACAAGAGAGGAAGGAUCACAUGGAAAGGAUGAUGUUUUCAAAGCAAUUUUUUACCCUACUUCCCAACCUACUAUUGAAACAUCAGAUGAAGAAGAAGAUGCUUCUUUGGAAUCUCAAACUAUUAUUGGAAUCCCCCUGCAAGUCACUGACUCCACUAAAGGUAUUGACGAAGAAUACAUUUACAUUUCUUCUGGCACUGAACCAACAAGCAUAUCUGCUACUGGUGGUAGUGAGGAAGAUAUUUCAUUGUCAACUUUUAAGCCUUAUCAAGAUGUAUACACCUCUUGGGGUUCCAUUCCUACUACCUCUGCUAUGCAAUUUGUCACUGAGGAAGCAUCCCAGGAAGACAUCCUUCAUUCUGGAAGCCCAGAAAUAAGCAAACAUGAUAUUGAUUCACAAGGCGAUGUAAAAAAUGUUUCAGAAGAUGUAGCACCCUCAGGUGCAGAAGAAUCUGCAGAGAGUACUCCUUCUGUUGAUGGAAAGUUGUGGUUUCAAAAUGCAACAGAUUUGGCACCUAGAUCUGAUGUUCCAUUGGAUAGUGAGCUGUUAUUUCAGACUAGUUAUACUGAUGCUUAUGUUGAGGGAUCAAAGCCAGCUACAGUGCCCUAUUCCAGUGGUCCAGUGAUAUCACAAGAUACUUCAGAUGCGGAUAUAGAAUUGCUACAUUAUUCUAAUUUUGCUUUCUCCCCUACUGAAUUAUCACCUCAUUCUAUCUCUUCAAGCUCUGGAGAAUAUGGCUCUGCUUCUGUUGCCAGUGAGGUACUCUCUCAGACAACUCAACCAGUAUAUAAUGGUGAGAUACCUCUUCAACCUUCCUACAGUAGUGAAGUGUUUCCUCUAGUCACCCCUUUAUUGUUUGACACGCAGAUGCUCAACACUACCCCUGCUACAUCAGGUAGUGAUGUGACCUUGCAUGCUACACCUGUAUUUCCCAGUGUUGAUGUGUCAUUUGAACCCACCCUGUCUUCCUAUGGUGAUGUACCUUUGCUUACAUUUUCCUCUGCUUCCUUCAGUAGUAACAUGUUUCACCAUCUGUAUACAGUUUCUCAAAUGUUUCCACAAGUUACUCCAGCUGUUGCAAGUGAUAAGGUGUCCCUGCAUGCUUCUUUGACAUUGGCUGAGGGUGAUACUUUAAUACAGUCAAGCCUUGCUCAAUAUUCUGAUGUGAUGUCACAUCAGACUACACAUGCUGCUUCAGAGACAUUGAUAUUUGGUCAUAAUAGAACUCACAUGUUUACUCAAGUUGAACCAUCCAGCAGUGAUUUAAAUAUGCAUGCACUGUCUACAAUGUCUGAACUUACUUAUGCUUUGUCUAGUAAUGUGGGCUCCCUCCAAACUUUUACUGUUUCUUAUGACUCUGCAGAAUAUGUGCAUGAUUCUGUUGGCGUAUUUCAUCAGGGUCCCCUAUUUAGCAGCUAUAACAAUGUACUGGUGCAUAAGCCUUCUUCUGUAAUACCACAAGCUGAUACUUUGCUGCUGCCUACACGCGCUCUAUCUAGUGAUAUGGAUUGGUCUGAACCGUACUCUGGUAGUGAGUCCCUUUUGCCUGAUACAGAUGCUCUGGCCACACUUAAAGUUUCUUCAUCUGAUUCUAUAGGUGAAUUUACAUAUGCAACAUAUGAGUUUAGUGAUGUUAAUAAGACAAUUCACAAAAGUGAUGUAAUAUAUGGAGAUGAGAAAGAACUGCAAAUUUCUUCUUUCAGUGAAGUGGCUUCCCAUGCUGAAAGUACAGUGAUGCCUGAACUUCCUACAUAUGUUUCUAACAAUGAUGUAAUUAAGCAGACUACGUCUUUGCAAGAAAUCCCACUUACUGUUUCUAGCACAAAGGGAAUCCUUCCAGUCUCUCUUGCUUUUCCCUCUACUAAGAUUUUUGAUUAUGAUAUUAGUAAACUUUCAGAAAAUUACUUUUCUGUUCAGCCUUUGCAUGUUACAUCUCCAGCCUUUGAUGACACUUUGCUUAAACCUAUGUUUAGUGCAAUCUCAGAUCAAGCUGUCUCUGUCCCUGCUUCUAGCAAAAUAUUGUCUCCUUCAACACAGCAGUACUCUUAUGAGACCUCAGCUCCAUUAAAUAAUGAAGCAUUACUACAAACCUCCUUUCAAGCUUCUGAUGAUGGCACUCUGCUUAAAACAGCUGCAACUGUGCCUAGUGAUCCAAUAUUGGUUGAACACUCCAGGGUUUAUAAAGAUAGUUCUACAUUUGACCAAAUAUUCUAUCAGAUGGCACCAGAUUCUGCUACAAAUAAAACAAUGUUGCAUUCUACAUCUGCACCUUCAGUUGUUGACAUGUUUCCCCACACCUCUAGUAAGCCCAGAACAUCAUUUCAAGGUUUAACUGGCUCUUAUGGAAGUGAGGAAUAUGUUUUAUCCAGUUUGGUUAACAAUGAAGAUAAUCACCAGGUUGCUCCUUCAUUGUACAGUAGUGAUGUUUCAUUCCAGUCAACCAGUUUAGAAAAUACAAAUGCUUUUUCCCCCAAGGCAGUGAACAGAGUGGCUACUCCUGCCUUAACAAUUGACAUAUUACCAAAUAUUCCCACUCUUCUAAACAGCCAUAUUUCUUCAAGUGUUUCUCAAAGAAAUGAGGUUCCCAUUUUUUUCUCAAGUUCUACCAGUGCUGAUGUUUCUGUUCAUGUGCCUGCAGUUGUUUCUGAUUCUCAUGUAUCUGCUCAUCAUGCCCUUCCUUUACCAAACGUGUAUAUUUCUGUUAUGGCUAUUUCUCCCAGCAGUGAGAGCCUUAGAACCCUAACCAAGUUGCUGGUUCCCUCUCAAACAUCCUCUGGGUUGGUCCCCAGUGCCAAUUCUGAUACUAAUUUGUGGCAUCCUGUAAUUGAUGUUGAUUAUGAUGAGUAUGAUGAUGGUUUACCUGUAAGUAAUUGUAUCACAUGCACUUCCCAUAGAGAAACUCAGGAAAAGGUAGUAGAUGAACAGAAUACACAGGUAAACAAUAUAAAGGAUCAGAGUAACCUAAUUAUCCAUUCAUAUUCUGAGAAAUCUGAAGAAGAAGAAGAAGAAAAGAAAAUUACAACUGCUGCAUCAGACAGUCAGAUAAGUCAUGGUAUGGACAGACAUAAUUAUCCAUCAAUACCAACAUUGGCAGCACUGAUACCUAAGAAGCACAACGAUCCAACAAUAUGGGAAAACCGUAUUCAGACUCUUAGUAUCCCGUUGCAAAACACACCAGAGUCUAAAUCUUGGGCUGUUUUUACCAGUGAUGAAGAAAGUGGCUCUGGUCAAGGUACCUCAGAUAGCCUUAAUGAUAAUGAGACUUCAACAGAUUUCAGUUUUCCUGACCUUAAUGAGAGAGACGCUGAGGGGGCAAUUGAAGCAGGUAACUCAGAUUUAACUCCUGGAUCAUCACAGUCAUCAGCACCAUCUGUAACUAGUGGUCACUCACCAGUAUUCAACAUUUCUGAGGCAGAGGCAAGUAAUAGUAGCCAUGAGUCUCGUAUUGGUCUAGCUGAGAGUCUGGAAUCAGAGAAGAAGACAGUUAUACCACUUGUGGUCGUAUCAGCUCUGACUUUUAUCUGUCUAGUGAUUCUUGUGGGUAUUCUCAUAUACUGGAGGAAAUGCUUCCAGACUGCUCACUUUUAUUUAGAAGAUAACACAUCACCUAGAGUGAUUUCCACUCCUUCAGCACCAGUCUUCCCAGUUUUAGAUGAUGUUGGAGCAAUUCCAAUAAAGCAUUUUCCAAAACAUGUUGCAGACUUACAUGCAAGUAAUGGUUUUACUGAAGAAUUUGAGACACUGAAAGAGUUUUACAAGGAAAUCCAGAGCUGUACUGUAGAUCUUGGUAUUACUUCAGACAGCUCUAAUCACCCAGACAACAAGAAUAAGAAUCGAUAUAUAAAUAUUGUUGCUUAUGAUCAUAGUAGGGUUAAACUUGCACAACUUGCAGAAAAGGAUGGAAGAGUGACUGAUUACAUCAAUGCCAACUAUGUUGAUGGCUACAACAAGCCAAAAGCUUACAUUGCCGCUCAAGGGCCAUUAAAAUCAACAGCAGAAGAUUUCUGGAGAAUGAUUUGGGAGCAUAAUGUGGAAGUCAUUGUGAUGAUAACUAAUCUUGUUGAGAAAGGAAGGAGAAAGUGUGACCAGUACUGGCCUGCUGAUGGUAGCGAAGAAUAUGGAAACUUUUUGGUCACUCAGAAGAGUGUUCAUGUACUUGCUUAUUACACUGUGAGGAAUUUUACUAUUAGAAACACCAAGGUCAAAAAGGGUUCCCAGAAAGGAAGGUCUAGUGGACGUGUAGUUACUCAAUAUCAUUAUACCCAGUGGCCUGAUAUGGGUGUUCCAGAAUAUACUCUGCCCGUCCUCACGUUUGUGCGAAAGGCAUCAUAUGCUAAGCGCCAUGCUGUGGGGCCUGUGGUGGUUCAUUGCAGUACCUCAUCUUUGAUGGAACAUUUGAAAAGAGAACCUCCUCAUGAAUUCUGUCCUUCUGGAGCUGAGACUGAUGAAGCCAACAGUGCUGGCGUUGGAAGAACAGGCACAUACAUAGUAUUAGACAGCAUGCUGCAGCAAAUUCAGCACGAAGGGACAGUCAACAUAUUUGGAUUCUUAAAACACAUACGUACACAAAGGAACUACUUGGUGCAGACUGAGGAGCAGUACGUCUUUAUUCAUGAUGCCCUGGUUGAAGCCAUACUCAGUAAAGAAACAGAAGUUCUUGACAGUCACAUUCAUGCCUAUGUUAAUAUUCUCUUAAUACCUGGACCAACAGGAAAGACAAAGCUCGAGAAACAAUUCAAGCUACUGAGCCAAUCUAAUAUACAGCAGUGUGAUUAUUCUACUGCACUGAAACAGUGUAACAGAGAAAAGAACAGAACUUCAUCAAUCAUCCCUGUGGAAAGAUCUAGAGUGGGUAUCUCAUCACUGUCUGGUGAAGGUACAGACUACAUCAAUGCUUCCUAUAUUAUGGGUUAUUAUCAAAGUAAUGAAUUCAUUAUUACCCAGCAUCCCCUGUUACAUACCAUCAAGGAUUUCUGGAGAAUGAUAUGGGACCAUAAUGCUCAGCUAAUAGUCAUGCUUCCUGAUAGUCAAAACAUGGCUGAGGAUGAAUUUGUUUACUGGCCAAACAAAGACGAGCCUAUAAAUUGUGAGAGCUUUAAAGUUACUAUGAUUGCUGAAGAACACAAGUGUCUGUCUAGUGAGGAAAAGCUUAUAAUCCAAGACUUUAUUCUAGAGGCUACACAGGAUGACUAUGUACUUGAAGUGAGGCAUUUUCAGUGUCCAAAAUGGCCAAAUCCUGAUAGCCCUAUUAGUAAAACAUUUGAACUUAUAAGUAUCAUAAAAGAAGAAAGUUCCAACAGAGAUGGACCCAUGAUAGUGCACGAUGAGCAUGGAGGAGUGACAGCAGGUACUUUCUGUGCACUAACAACACUCAUGCAUCAGCUGGAAAAUGAAAGUUCCAUGGAUGUUUAUCAGGUAGCUAAGAUGAUAAAUUUGAUGAGGCCAGGAGUCUUCACAGACAUUGAGCAGUACCAGUUUCUGUACAAAGCUAUCCUAAGUCUUGUUAGCACGAGGCAAGAAGAAAACCCUUCUGCAUCCAUGGACAGUAAUGGCACAGCUUUACCUGAUGGAAAUGCAGCUGAAAGCUUAGAAUCUUUAGUUUAACUAACACACACACACACACACACACACACACACACCAGUCAUCCCUGGAAUUUAGCAUUGUUGUUUUCAUUUUUAAAUUAUGCAGGGAGAUAUCUGUCCAGUUAUUAUAUGAUCUGUUCCCUUCUCCUGUUCAAACAAACAACAGUUAUUUUUGUGGCAUAUGAUUUUACUUCCGAACUCACAUCAUUAACAAUGUGUGCCUUUUUUUGAAAGAUUUCUUGUAAUACAUUUGUUACGUCUGGACUAACUUGAUUGAAUUUUACAGUGUUUCUAAGAAUGAGAUUGUGGUAUGUUUUUCAGUAUUAGUUUUCAGUUUGUCUGGCUUUACUUCUAACUUAAAAUUUAUCAUAUUUAUAGAUGGUAGGGGGGUUCUCAACUACAAAUAAACAUGUCAUGUUUUUAGUAUCCAAUUUACUUGCUGUAUUUAUAGCAAUCCAUAUAACUUUUAAUAUAGUAGAAUGUAAAUAAAAUACUGUUCUCUAUAAUAUUCAACAUUUUAAGACUGCAGUAGAUAUUUAGACUAGUAACCUAAUACUUACUGUAAAUACUUCUAUAGUGAUUCCAUGGACCAAAUUUAUAUUUAUAAUUGUAGAUUUUUAUAUUUUACUACAGAGUCAGUUUUCUAGUUCUGUGUAAUUGCAUUGUUAUAAUGAUGUAGUUCAGUAUCUGUUUUUAUUUUAACAAAGUCUCCUGAUAUACUAUUGUGCAUCUUCGGUGAUUAACCUUCAUAUAUGUGCAUGGAAUUUUAACUUUUUGUGGGAAAUAUAAAUUGAGUUGUUUUGAAAUGAGAAGUUUUUAUGAGAAUAACAUCUGUACUUGGCAUUGUUUUAAUUGUUUUUACCUAAGGCAUUGAAAAAAUAAAUAUAAAUAUUCCAGCCUAUG